ACAUUUCGCGCGUCUGUGUCUCUGCACGUCAGACGUGUCGCUCGGUCAGUCAGUCAUUCCUGUGCGCUCAAAAACUCCCUGAUUCUCCAUCUUGACGAGAGAGUUUUCCAUAUCUGUUUCCUUCCGGAGUUUUCUUGUUACUGCACAAACAAUGGGCGAUAUAAGUCUGCCGAGGCACAUGUUCUUAUGGUGUCUGUCUGUUAUUUACAUGUUUGCCUUCGCGUCUAUUUACGUGCAGAUUCCAGGUCUAUAUGGGAAUGACGGUGUCCUGCCAGUGCGCUGGCGGAUGCGGGUGUCCGGUAAGAGUGUUGUGGAGCAGCUGAAGGAUUCCCCCACGCUGCUGUGGUUUGCUCCUCGCCUGGGUUUGGACUCUCAGCAGUGUAUGGAGCUGCUCAGUCUGAUCGGGACUCUGCUCAGCCUGAUGACGGUGGCUCUGCCGGUGCUCAGAGACUGCAGAGUCUUCCUGCUGCUCUGGACACUUUACCUGUCACUCUACCAGGUGGGCCAGGUCUUCUUAUACUUUCAGUGGGAUAACCUGUUGUUAGAGACCGGCUUCUUGGCCAUUCUCAUCGCUCCAAUGAAAAUGCCCUGGUCUUCAAAGGUGCGUCUGUAUGAUAAUGUGACGUUCUGGCUGCUGCGCUGGCUGCUGUUUCGGCUGAUGUUUGCGUCUGGUGUGGUCAAACUGACUAGCCGCUGUCCCACCUGGUGGGGUCUGACAGCUUUGACCUAUCACUAUGAGACCCAGUGUAUACCGACUCCACUGGCCUGGUUUGCUCAUCAGCUGCCGGUGUGGUUUCAGAAACUCAGUGUGGUUGGGACAUAUGUUAUCGAGAUCGCCGUUCCCUUCCUGUUCUUCAGUCCCAUACGGAGACACAGACUCGCUGCCUUCUACAUGCAGGUCCUACUUCAGGUUCUGAUCAUCCUGUCUGGGAAUUAUAAUUUCUUUAAUAUUCUUACGAUCACCCUGUGUCUGUCACUGCUGGAUGACCAACAUGUCAAUUUCUGGCUCCGCAGACCAACAACGAAGACAGAGAAAACAUCAUUGCAGACUCUCUUCUCUGCACUGACCGUGAUGUUAGAGAUUGGUGUGUAUGCUCUGCUUUGCUACUGGACUGUCAAAUACUUCGACCUGCAGGUGGACUGGGAAAAGAAAAGCGUUUCCUCCAAAACAGCAUUCACCUAUUUUGAGUUCAAUGGUUUUCUGAAGAUAGUAACGCUGCCCAGUAUCUGGAUAGGUGUGCUGUCUCUCACCUGGGAGAUCAUCACUGCCAUGUUUAGAUGUGCGUGUGUCAAAGGAGUGCUGUGGCGUCUCUGGACCUCAAUCCAAUGGGCUGUUAUGGCUGCGGCGACAGUCUCAAUGUUUGCCAUCAGUCUGGUUCCCUACACCUACAUUGAAUAUGAUGCACACAGUAAACUCUGGCCUGGGAUACGGACAGCAUUUGAAAUCACUGACCGCUACCAGUUGGCCAACUCAUACGGACUCUUUCGGAGAAUGACCGGGGUUGGAGGUCGUCCAGAGGUGGUCAUCGAGGGCAGUAUGGAUCGCCACACAUGGACGGAGAUCGAGUUCAUGUAUAAGCCGGGGAACAUGAGCGCAGCGCCCCCUGUGGUCACUCCGCAUCAGCCCAGGCUGGACUGGCAGAUGUGGUUUGCAGCUCUGGGUCCACACACACAGAGCCCCUGGUUCAGCAGCCUUCUGCACAGACUCCUGCAGGGCAAAGCAGACGUGGUCAAACUCAUUCAGACAGAUGAAUCUCAGUAUCCGUUCAGCAAACAGCCUCCUGUGUAUCUGCGAGCUCAUCGCUACAAAUACUGGUUCAGCGAGCCCAAAGCGGACGGGUCUUUUCCUCAGCGAUGGUGGAGACGAGUGUAUGUGGAAGAGUUCUAUCCCAUAGUGCAGCUGGGCGACUCUUACCUUGAACAGAUGCUGGUUCAGCAUGAUUUAAAGGAUAAGGCUCCUCCGAGGCACGUCUCCAAAGGUCUAUUGCCUCGAUUUUUGCGAUGUGUUGGAGAUCAUGUGCGUGAGAUACCGGCUCCUCUUCUGCUCUGGACUCUCUUCAUCUCGGCAGCGACCUUGUGUCUCCUCAGCUCUCUGAGACCGCACAGAAAACAUCACCAACAACACCAAUCACUCCUGAACCAACACACAGAGAAAGAGCCCACAGGAGAAGAAGAGGAGAAGAAAUGCAAAGAGGAAGAGGAGACUAAGCAUAAUGAGGAGGAAACAAAAGAUGAUGCAGAGGAGGAUGGAAAGGAGGAAGAAGAAGCAGAGAGUGAAGAGGAAGAUAAAGAAGAAAAUGAGGAAGAAGACAAGGAGAGUGCAGAUAUAGAAACAGAAGCAGACAGCCUUAGGAAAAGAAAAUAAGGUUUUUUUGGUCAUCUUACUAAGGUAUUAAAUCAGGGAUGUCCAAACUCUGUUCUGGAGGGCCG